CUUUGACCAGUCUAUGGCGAUUAUCUAAUUUUGUUGGUUAAUACGCAUGGGAACUCGUCCGGUGUGAAAUUCGUCAGUUCGGCGACCGCAAUUUCACUUUCGUGAGGCGCUUUCUCGUUUUGUCACUUUCGAAAAAAUUCAUUACUUGUGUGAAUCAAACCCGUUUUCGUUUGUUGCAAAUUCCAUUAAAAAGUGUUAAAUAAUUUUCGUGAACCGUGCAUGGUAUUUUGUUUCACGUUAAAUGGAUUUUGAUCAAAAAAUAUGGUGUAUACCGAGGCAUAUUUGAAGGAGAAGCUGACCAAGGAUUUGGACGCCGUUCACGUCGAGGUGACGGAUGAUAGUGACGGCUGUGGCGCGAAGUUUUCUGUGCUGAUCGUGUCCGACAAGUUUCAAGGGAAGCCGUUACUUGCCAGGCAUAGAUUGGUGAACACAGUACUUCAGGAAGAAUUGAAGAGUAUACACGCAUUCACGCAAAAGACGCUCACGGUUGAACAGUGGAACGCGCAAAAGUCUUGAAAUGUAAUUUGGAAAUAAUAAUGAAGUAGAACAAAAUA